AUGUUCCUACCCUUGGCAGAGCCCAUUGGAAAUAGCCAAAACCGAGACGUGAUAACGAGUCCUCCUUCUCGAGGUGAGGAGGAGGCCAGCGAACCUGUUCUUCUUGGUGUUCUUGUUUCUACCCCCACUGCUCGGAAGCUGACUUCCUCCGGUUCGGAGCAGUCUUUUCGGGAUGAAAAGACUUUCUAUCGUGGUGGGUUUGGAGGCCGAGUUGGUAGUGGAUUUGGUGGCGGCGGCGGUGGUGGUGGUGGAUUAGGAGGUGGUUCUGGAUUGGGAGGUGGUGGUGGUUUAGGUGGUGGUUCGGGCGGUGGUUUAGGUGGUGGUUCUGGCGGUGGAUUAGGCAGUGGUGUUGGUGGUGGAUUAGGAGGUGGUUCUGGAUUGGAAAGAAAAACUAAAUUAAGAACGAACCUUGGAUUGACGUGA